CUGCUCCCCCCACGGAGGCGUUACCAUCUUUUCCCGGCCGAACCCAAAACAGAACCCUCCAUCGGCUUCAACCCCCCUCCGUCGGCGAUAGCCGCGGGCAAAACCCUAGAUCUCCCUCCCGCUUAAACCCUCCAUCAAGCGGCGGCAGGAUGGCGGAGCCGUCCAAGGUGAUCCACAUCCGGAACGUCGGGCACGAGAUCUCCGAGGCCGAUCUGCUUCAGCUGUUGCAGCCGUUCGGCGCGAUAUCCAAGCUCGUCAUGCUCCGUGGCAAGAAUCAGGCCCUUCUCCAGAUGCAAGACAUUAAUUCUUCCGUGAGCGCGCUGCAAUACUACAGCGGCGUCCAACCUAGCGUAAGGGGACGGAAUGUUUACAUGCAGUUUUCAUCCCACCAAGAACUUACCACUGACCAGAGCUCUCAUGCCCGGAAUUCUGAUCAGGAAUCAGAACCCAACCGUAUCCUUUUAGCUACUGUCCACCACAUGCUCUAUCCUAUAACGGUGGAGGUUCUGCAUCAAGUUUUCAAAGCAUAUGGAUUUGUGGAGAAGAUUGUCACAUUUCAGAAGUCAGCUGGUUUUCAAGCCCUCAUCCAGUAUCAAUCACGUCACGAAGCUGUGGAAGCAUUGGGUGUUUUGCAUGGAAGGAACAUAUAUGAUGGUUGCUGCCAGCUAGACAUCCAAUAUUCCAACCUCAGUGAACUGCAAGUCCAUUUCAACAAUGAUAGAACUAGGGAUUUCACGAAUCCAUCAUUGCCUACAGAACAACGCCCAAGGCCCUCUCAGCAAGUUUUUCCAGAUCCUGGGGGUCUCUUUUCCUUCCAACAACCUGGAGGUCCGUAUUCUCAGAUGGGAAGAGCGGCAACCAUUGCAGCUGCAUUUGGUGGAACUUUACCGACUGGAGUGACCGGUACCAAUGAACGGUGCACACUGAUAGUCAGUAAUUUGAACACUGAUAAAACCGAUGGGGAUAAGCUUUUCAAUCUAUUUUCUUUAUAUGGAAACAUAGUACGAAUCAAGGUGCUGCACAACAAACCAGAUCUUGCCCUUGUAGAAAUGGCUGAUGGGUUUCAGGCUGAGCUAGCGGUGCAUUAUCUAAAGGGGGCCAUGCUAUUUGGAAACAAGUUGGAUGUGAACUACUCAAAGUACCCAAGUAUAACCCCUGCCCCUGACGCUAAUGACUACAUCAACUCAGGCCUUAACCGGUUCAACACCAACGUGGUGAAGAACUACCGGCACUGCUGUGCGCCAACCAAGAUGAUCCACGUCUCUGCCCUCCCGCAAGACGUCUCGGAGGAUGCGCUCGUCGCCCACCUGUCUGAGCACGGCUCCGUCAUCGGCACGAAGCUGUUCGAGGUGAAGGGCAAGAGGCAGGCCCUCGUCCUGUUUGCGAGCGAGGAGGAGGCGACUGAGGCUCUCGUGUCGAAGCACGCCAGCGCGCUGGAAGGGAACACAAUCCGGAUUUCGUUUUCCCAGAUGCAGAGCCUGUAGGCAAUAGUUGAAAAGAACAUACUCCCCUCUCCCCUUCUUACAGGAAGAUAGCCCCCCCCCCCUCUCUCUCUCUUCCUUCUUCCAGGGAUUAGCUUGUUUGGCUGAUAAUCGGCCCAUGCUUUGCUUUUUAUAGGAAGAUUUGAGUGAACUUUCGGAUGUGAAUUCAUCUGUGCUCUUCUCCCAGACUGUUGCUCUUUUCCCCUUGUUGGUUUAUAAGGUGAUCAGAGGAUUUCACUGCA